AGGAGGGUUGGAGGGCGGCGGUGGCCCGGCGGAGGACGGGACAGCCGGCCCCGGGACGGGCCGGAGGGCGACGGGCGCGCGCUGGGCUGUGACCGCGGCCCGCGGAGGACUCGAACUCUCCGCCCCAGAGCACCGGGGUGUCUUCAGGUCCCUGCUCCUGGAUACUCAUCUCAGCCAGGCACUGGCCAUGGCACUGUGCCUAAAGCAGGUGUUUGCUAAGGACAAGACAUUCCGGCCAAGGAAGCGCUUUGAGCCAGGCACACAACGCUUUGAACUGUAUAAGAAGGCCCAAGCAUCACUCAAGUCUGGACUGGACCUGCGCAGUGUGGUGAGGCUGCCCCCUGGGGAGAACAUUGAUGACUGGAUUGCUGUACAUGUGGUGGACUUCUUCAACCGCAUCAACCUCAUCUAUGGGACCAUGGCUGAGCACUGCAAUGAGAUCAGCUGCCCAGUCAUGGCUGGCGGGCCCCGCUACGAGUACCGCUGGCAGGAUGAGCGCCAGUACCGGAGGCCUGCCAAGCUCUCUGCACCACACUAUAUGGCAUUGCUCAUGGACUGGAUUGAGGGCCUCAUCAAUGAUGAGGAUGUCUUUCCCACACGUGUUGGAGUUCCCUUCCCUAAGAACUUCCAGCAGGUCUGCACCAAGAUCCUGACCCGCCUCUUCCGAGUCUUUGUCCAUGUCUACAUCCACCACUUUGACAGCAUCCUCAGCAUGGGGGCAGAGGCGCACGUCAACACCUGCUACAAGCACUUCUACUACUUCAUCCAAGAGUUUAGCCUGGUGGACCAGCGGGAGCUAGAGCCAUUGAAGGAGAUGACAGAGCGUAUCUGUCACUGAGCGCUGGCCUGGAUGUUGCUGCCCAUCACAUGGAUAUCUGAACAGAGCAUGGCUGAAGGAGGGAAACCUCUGGAGUCCAGCGGUAGAGAAAUCUGAAGGCUCACAGGACCCUCCACAUACCAAAUGUCUCUGAACUUCUGGUUUUCAGAAGUUUGCCCAUGUGUCUUCCUGAGUACAUGGAAAAGAGAGGGCUUCAAAGGGGCAACCAAAAGAAAGGGGGAGGGGGCAUGUUAAAUCCCUGGCGUGAAGUCUGGGAGUAGGGUAGUUACCAGGUUGCUUCUCUGAUACUUGACCCUUCCAUGGUGAUUCCCAGUCUAUUUGGGAAAUAUGGAUAGUAGCUGAGGUAAUGGCAAGAAAGAUGUAGGAAAGUGAGUGCAAUGUGUGCUAGUGUGAGUGUGUAUAUGCAUGUAUGGAGAGAUCCCAGUGUGAGAGAUCCCAGUGUGAGAAAGUGUGUGUAUAAGCAAUUUUGACUGUGUGUUGUGUUUAGAAAGCACAUCCCUGACACAUAGUAGACUCUACAGUUGAUGUAUGUAUGUAUGGAUGUAUGUAUGCAUGUAUGUAUGUAUGUAUGUAUGGAUGGGUGGGUGGAUGGAUAAAUAGGGACCAUCAGGCCAUGACCACUGUAGGAGUACUGACACCUGUGUGUCACCACUCAGGAUGUCUGACCAUGUGUAUAAGUGCACAAAAUGUGGUCAUAGAUGUAAGACCAUAUUUGAACCUUCCAUUCUAUCAUCUUUCAUUAGCAUGAGUCCUAGGGAGCUGGGUAGAGGUUGGAAGGGGGACUCUUACCCAGAAUUUCUUGAACUCUUGACCUACCACACUUGUGGUUCUUAUUUGCUAAGCUGGACAUGCCACCGAGUUGUCAUUUCACUCAUCUCUGUUCUUCCAGGGGGGCCUGGUAAUAGACUCCUGGGAUCUGGUGGUGAUCCCAUAUGUCCACAAAGGUCCCCUGGUUUUUCAACUGUGACUUGUGUAUUCCAAUCUAGAAUCUAUAGACCUUUACGUCCAGGAUCUGAAGCCCUGCAUAAAACAAUCGUCCAGCCUCAGGACAUAGUGGGACUUGGAUUAGAAAUUUUGGAGUUUUGUUUCUCAUUUGUUUCUCAGGAUAUGGAUGGGAUCAUGUUGCUGGUUGGAAAGCCCCCAUCCUAAAAGAACCUACCUUGUUCCCAGCCAACCCUGAGACAUUCCAGCUAGCUGAAUUUCCAGGCAUAGCUAUAUAAAGAGUCUGAGAUGUUCAUUUAGCAUCCCAGGACUUAGUACCUCCAGGCCCAGCCCUGUGCCUAGACCCACAGAUAGGGAAACUGAGGCAAGAAAGUGCUUCUGCUCCCCCAGAUUCUAUCUUAGGAAGCCAGAGUAGAGAACCAGGAGGAUCUAAGACUCUUCCAGUCUUGUUCUCUUAGUGUGCAAAGGAGGAAAUUGAAGCCAGAAGAAGAAAAAAACUGGCCAAUGCUCAAGUGAGAGUUUCCUGGAGCUGGAUUAAAAAAAUAAGAGGUCUUGACUCCCAAGUCAAGACCCAUUUCUUGCUAUACAGAGAUGCAUAUGGAGAGUCUGACAGACCUUUUCCAGGACACAACUGUUCCUGCUAUGAAUAUUUUCUAGCCUGAUGCCAGAAAGCCCCACCACCCUUGGGUUGGCUGGGGUUGGCUUCUGAGCCAAGCUUCCAAAAUCAUGCCCCGCUUAAUGGCCUAAAACCGCCUGCCCUCUGGGAAAACAGAUGGGCCUCUUAGGCCUGCCAUCUGGGCCUGGGCCUUCUGCUUCUGCUGCUUCCAGAGAAGUUCACAAGGGAAACUUGCUGCACUGGGGGGAGUGGAAGCUGUCCCCAGAGUAGGCUGCAGCUUACACAGAUGAAUUCUAGGCUGUGGCAAGGACUGAUUGUGGGGAGGGAUGGGGAGGGGAAGUCUAUUUUUGUGAAACAUAAGGAAAACUUUAUUGUUGUUAUUUUUGGUAAAAUAAAAGAGGCAAACUGAA